AAAUUCAACUAAACCGGGAUCGAUCUAACUCCUGAGCUGCCUCCAACCAACCACAGACACAGUCGUCGAAGAGAAAGGUUGAAGCGAAGAAGAAGAAGAAGAAGAUGGGUGGGGGAAUGGAGACGAACAAGAACAAGUUCAUCGAGGAUUGGGGAUCCGCGAGAGAGAAUCUCGAGCAUAACUUCCGCUGGACGCGUCGCAACUUCGCUCUCAUCGGAAUCUUCGGCAUCGCCCUCCCAAUCAUCGUCUACAAGGGCAUCGUCAAAGAUUUCCAUAUGCAAGACGAAGAUGCUGGCAGACCACACAGAAAGUUCCUCUGAAAGGUUUUUGCAAGGACACUCUCUGCAAAAUGUCUCAGCAGUGUGAAGUUUUCAAGAAGCUGGUGCUAGAACUCUCCCUUUUUGCAUUUUAUUCAAAAUAAAAGAAGAAUAUCUUAAGGAUUAUAAUUUUCUGUUUCAAAAAGUUUGUUUUAAUUGGCAAAUAAAAAACUCAAGCUCGCCCA